UCCACCACCUUCAUCACCACCACCUUCAUCACCUUCAUCAUGACCAGCUGGACCAGCCUGCUCAUCUUCCUCCUCUGCAGUGCCGUGACCCCCAUCCUCAGCUGUGAUUGGCUCAGAAACUACGGUCACCUGAGCAACACCUCUCUGUCCCUCAUCCAACACAUGGGCGCUCAGCUGACUGACGAGGAGACUCCACUUCCUUUCCCUCACAGACUCUACCAAUGCAUCCAGAGCGAUGAGAUGGGGUCCCAGUUGGCUUUCGUCAGAGACAGUCUGGAGCUGAUUGCUGGUCUCUAUCACCACGACAACCGCUCCUCUGCUACCUGGGACACGGACAAGACCGAACGCUUCCUCAUGACCAUCGAGAGACAGACCGACGUCCUGAAUAGCUGCGUGUCGACUCAGAGACGAAGAAACAGCCGACUGAGACGAUACUACCGGAGACUAGAGAAGAGUACUCUGUCCCGCUGGGGGGGUAGUCCUGCGUCCUGGGAGCUGAUCAGGAAGGAGACGAAGCUGCACCUGGACCAGUUAGACCUGCUGGUGGGCUUCAUUGUGGACAGCAGGGGGCGCUGUGCAGACAGCAGGGGGCGCUGUGCAGACAGCAGGGGGCGCUCUAGAGGGCUCUUAUGUCACUGA